GAUCCAAACUCACUAAACAACAAAGUAAAUAUUUUCCUGAAAAGAAAUAAACCUGAGCCAAUGGCUUGUUAUCAGGCCUCUUCAGAGCUGGAUGGUGAGGUGUUGGAGAAGGGAUCCAUCUAAAGGCUACUGGAUGGUGGUUCUGGAAGACUGGACUUGUGCACACAGCCUCACUUUUUCACAGCACUGCAUCUUCUUUUUUCCAUUCUACUCCAUCGUCUCAUGUGUCAUGUGUUGGCGAUACCCGAAGGACCUGAUAGCAGCGAGAGGUUAAAGUCCUUGCUCGUUUCGCUUUAUGCCAGAUUGCACAGAUCUCUUCCUUCUUCCUUCUGUCCGUUCUCCUGCAAUCUUCUCUUAACUCCUCUCUGGGUUCGGCUCAAUCAAUCAUCUCUGCAGGAAAAAUGGCCACAGCUGGAAAGGUCAUCAAAUGCAGGGCAGCAGUGGCCUGGGAGCCCGACCAGCCUGUGGUCAUUGAGGAGAUUGAAGUUGCCCCACCACAGGCCAGUGAGGUCCGCAUUAAGAUAGUAGCGACAUCUGUGUGCCACUCGGACCUGUACCACCUUUUGCAGAGUAUGCCUAAAGAUGGCUUUCCAACAGUCCUCGGCCAUGAGGGUGCCGGCAUUGUGGAGAGUGUUGGAUCUGGAGUCACAGAAUUUCAGCCCGGAGACAAGGUGAUUCCUCUUUUCCUUUGCCAGUGUAAGGAAUGUCGUUUCUGUAAGAGUCCAAGGACCAACCAGUGUGAGAGAGCAUGGACCAGAGUUCGUCAAGAAAUUAUGGCUGGAGUCGAAUCCAGGUUCACCUGUAAAGGGAAGAGAGUUCAUCAAUUUAUGGGAACCAGUACUUUCUCUGAGUACACCGUGAUUAAUCAGAUAGCUGUGACUAAAAUCGACCCUGCUGCUCCUCUGGACAAAGUCUGCCUCCUCGGCUGUGGGAUCUGCACUGGCUAUGGAGCAGCAGUGAAUACUGCCAAGGUUGAACCGGGCUCCACCUGUGCCGUGUUUGGUUUGGGAGCUGUGGGUUUGGCUGCAGUCAUGGGCUGCAAAGCUGCAGGAGCCAAAAGGAUCAUCGCAAUCGACAUCAAUCCAGACAAAGCUGAGAAAGCCAAAGUGCUUGGUGCCACUGACUUUGUGAACCCCAAAGAUCACAGUAAACCCAUCCAGGAAGUGAUUGCUGGGAUGACUAAUGGGGGAGUGGACUUCUCUCUGGAGUGUGUCGGGAAUGUGGAGGUCAUGCUCAGUGCAUUGGAGUCCAGUAUGGAAGCUUGGGGUGUCAGUGUAAUUGUUGGCUGGACCGACAUGUAUGACAUCUCUAUCCGACCCCGUCACCUUAUCUGUGGACGCACAUGGAAAGGCUCCAUGUUUGGAGGGUUUAAAGGUAAAGACGGUGUAGCAGAGAUGGUUAAAGCCUACCUGGAGAAGAAGGUGAGGCUGGAUGAGUUCAUCACUCACAACAUGACACUGGACCACAUCAACGAUGCCAUUGAACUUAUGAAGAACUGCAAAUGCAUCCGGGCCGUCAUGACUGUUUCUCCUCAAUAACACCAACAUGAUGCCUUCAGGAACAACAGGAAUAACAGAGAAUGAUGACAAUUUCUAAACUCUAAUCAAUUCAGUUCAGAUGAUCAUUAAAACAUGUGGUGUUUUUCUUAAUAAAAGAAAAGCUGAAGCAGA